UUUGAUGGUGGGUAUGGUAGAAGGUGUGAACCUGGACCUCUGAAUCACACACAGUGUUACAAACCAACGGUACCAAAGUAAAAAAACAACAACAACAACAACAACAGAAGACAGGAAGAAGGACAGAAAGAAGGCAUAAGUCACAAGAAAACUGAGAUGUGUGCAAUUUCCUGGAAACUGAUGAAACAUGAUGAAAAAAGGAAUAACUUCAAUUUGCACAAAGUCCAGUCGCCAAUGCAAGAGCUGACUGGGCUUCCAAAAGAUGAGAGAAGCUCAGUGCUUUAAAACACUCGGUGUCUUGGAAAGCAGUCACCAAGGCCUAGGGGGAAAUGCUCACUUGGUCUCCUCUUGGGCUCCACCAGCACUGCCAGAACUAAGCUGCCAGAACCAUUCCUUGGGGGGCAAUCGUGAAGAAAGGAGGAACUCUGACCUCAUACUUCCUGUGGAUUUACUGUCCGUCUUCUGUCUGGGCCAGAAAAUCCAGGCGCAGAAAGGGGACCUUCCCCUUCCUGCUAUAUUUGCCAAACCCAGUUCUCCGAUUCCCUGGAAUGAGCCUGUGACGAUCCUGUGCCGGGGAACUAACUUAUCUUACCUGUACCAGCUGGACGUGCUGAGGAACUCCACAUACACGCAGGUGGAGAAGAAACUGGUAUUGCAGGAGGAGGCCGAAUUCACCAUUAACCACAUGGAUGCCAGCACCGCGGGGCGUUACCAGUGCCGCUACAGGGUAAAGACCGGCUGGUCCCCUCACAGCAGAGCCUUGGACCUGGUGGUGACAGGCUCACACGAAAAGCCCCGCCUGGCGCCGGGCCAGCGCCUUGUGGUGAAGCUGGGAGAGACCGUCCCCCUCCAGUGCUGCUCGGAGCACAGCCUGUUUGACGGGUUCUCGCUGACCGCGGACAACGGGCGCACUCUGGCCCCGUGCCGGCAUGAUGGACACCAGAGCCUCUUCACCCUGGGGCCCGUGGACGCCGGCUUCUCAGGGAACUACAGCUGCUACGGUUGGCACAACAACACCCCUUAUGUGUGGUCGGCCCCCAGCAAUGCCCUGGAGCUCGUGGUCACAGAUUACACCGUGGAAAAUCUGAUCCGAAUGGGCACGUCCGGGCUGGUCCUCGUGGCUCUUUUGGCCCUACUGGCCGAAUCCUGGCACAGCCGGCAGGUGCCAAGCGGGGGAGACGGCAAACACCAGAGUACACGGACACACCAGGCAGCGUGGAGCUCCGAAGGAGCCCCCACCGGCCACAGUGGACACUGGGCCCCGAAGCAGACGUGACCCAGCACGUCUAGAGUCCUGACGAGCCGCAUGGAGACUGCAAAGGGCAGAGAGUCGCCCACAGGGUCACUGAGCUCGUUUUCAAGCCAAUCGAUUAUUACUUUAUCAUGUGAAGCCGAUGUAUUUGCCCCCCACCUGCCUGGACAUUGGUGAUAAAACCCUCGCUGUGUAGUCUCGGCUUUGUUCA